AUGGCAGGUGUUGUCCACCGCCACCACCACUUUGCCAGGAGAGGAUACCAUCAAAGGGUGUAUGUUGAACGUAUCAAGCCACUGGAGCAAUACACCACUGAGGAGCUGUAUGUCCGGUUUCGCUUUGGGAAGGCUGAUAUAGAGUACCUUGUGAAUCUUCUCAGGCCAAAACUUCAACACAGAACCCAAAGGAGUCACGGUCUGUCUGUGGAAGACCAGAUCCUCAUUGCUCUCCGAUUUUAUGCAUGUGGGACUUUUUAUCAAGUUGUUGGUAACUAUAUGGGAGUGGUGAAAUCAGCUGUGUGUGAUGUGGUGAGAGAUGUGUCAAUCGCCAGCCUGGUCAAUGAAUUUGUUUCUUUUCCAAAGGACAACCAGAUUGCCCAGGCCAAGCGCAGGUUUUUUCUUUUGGGGAAUAUGCCCAAUACUAUUGGAGCAAUUGACUGCACACAUGUGCAUAUACAAGCACCUCGUGAGAAUGAAUGGGAGUUUAUAAACAGAAAGGGGAGGCACAGCAUCAAUGUCCAGCUUGUGUGUGAUGCUGACCUCAUCAUCACCAACUGCGUUGUAAAGUGGCCUGGGUCUGUCCAUGAUGCACGCAUCCUGAGGGAGAGCACUCUAUAUAGAGACCUCCAAACCAACCGACCAGAUGGCAUAAUAUUAGGAGACAGUGCCUACCCACUCCUACCAUGGCUGAUGACUCCUUUUCUAACAGCAAAUACACCGGCGCAGGCACGCUUCAACACUGCUCAUUGCAGAGCAAGAUGUGCAAUUGAGCGUUUAAAUGGAGUUCUUAAGAGGAACCACAGAAAGCAUGCAACAUAA